GGGCACCUCUGCAGCUGAAUCAGCCUCGGCCUGGGGAGAUGUCGGAACCAGAUCUCGUCUUCCGGAGGCUGCCUGGGAAAGCCGGUGACGUGCUGGACGUGGGGGUACCUGAGUUUCCUGCCCCCUUCAGCGUAUGAGAAAGGCAAGAAGAGUUUGUGCACUUUGGAAACUCGAUAGGAGGCAGCAGCUGAUCUUCCCAUCACCAGCCUAAAAAUAAUCCACUCCAGGGCUUGGAGCGGCUUCACUAAGUGGAGGAAAAUCCUGCCAUCGGGAUGAUAUUGAUCACAUAGCACAACCGAGUGACACUUUGGGUUGUAUUUUGGGGUUGUGUUUACAAAGUAGCCAGACCCUCCAGAAGAGAUGAGACUCGCAUUUUGUGGUAACGACAAUGCCUCAGCCUACAACAUCAGCGCUGGUGUCCUCAGGAAUGUCUGCUUUGUGGAUGCCCUCAACUUGGUCCCUCAUGUCUUCCUGCUGUUUAUCACCUUCCCAAUUUUGUUCAUUGGCUGGGGAAGCCAGAGCUCCAAAGUGCAGAUUCACCACAACACCUGGCUGCACUUCCCUGGGCACAACCUGCGGUGGAUCCUGACGUUCACCCUGCUGUUCGUGCACGUGUGUGAAAUAGCAGAGGGGAUUGUUUCCGACACACAAAUGAAAUCUCGCCACCUGCAUCUCUUUCUACCAGCUAUAAUGGGAUUUGUGGCUGCCACUGUAUCCAUAGUCUAUUACCAUAAUAUUGAAACAUCCAACUUUCCAAAGUUACUGCUGGCCCUGUUCCUUUACUGGAUAAUGGCCUUUGUCACCAAAACCAUCAAGCUUGUCAGAUACUGCCAGGACGGGGUGCCUUUUUCUCAGCUGCGUUUCUGCAUCACUGGAAUCAUGGUCAUCCUCUAUGGGCUGCUGAUGGCUGUGGAGAUCAAUGUCAUCCGGGUCAGGAGGUAUGUGUUUUUCAUGAACCCUCAGAAAGUAAAGCCUCCAGAGGAUCUGCAGGAUCUGGGGGUGAGGUUCCUGCAGCCAUUUGUGAAUUUGCUCUCAAAGGCAACUUAUUGGUGGAUGAACACUCUCAUUAUUUCUGCUCACAAGAAACCUGUGGACCUGAAGGCCAUUGGGAAGCUGCCAAUUGCAAUGAGAGCACUGACAAAUUAUGUCUGUCUCAAAGAAGCCUAUGAGGAACAAAAGAAAAAGGUGGAGGACCACCCCAACCGGAGUCCCUCCAUUUGGUUGGCCAUGUACAGCGCUUUUGGACGGCCAAUCCUGCUCAGCAGCACCUUCCGCUACCUGGCCGACCUGCUGGGCUUUGCUGGGCCACUCUGCAUUUCUGGCAUUGUCCAGGGCUUCCAGAAUACAACCAAUAAUACAAACACCACAGAAAAGGUGAAGGAUCCAUCAAACUCCUACCUUUCAUCAGAGGAAUUCCUCAGGAAUGUUUAUGUCUUGGCAGUCCUUCUCUUCCUGGCUCUUAUCCUGCAGAGGACAUUCCUGCAGGCCUCCUACUAUGUGACUACAGAGACUGGCAUCAACCUCCGGGGUGCCUUACUGGCAAUGAUAUAUAAUAAGAUCCUGAGGCUUUCUACAUCCAACUUGUCCAUGGGAGAGAUGACACUGGGACAAAUCAAUAACUUGGUUGCCAUAGAAACCAACCAAUUAAUGUGGUUCUUGUUCCUGUGCCCCAAUCUGUGGGCAAUGCCUGUUCAGAUAAUAAUGGGUGUGAUCCUCCUCUAUAACCUGCUGGGAGUGAGUGCCUUGGUUGGGGCUGCUGUCAUCGUGCUCUUAGCUCCCAUCCAAUACUUCAUAGCCACCAAGCUGGCUGAGGCUCAGAAGAGCACUCUUGACUAUUCUACUGAGAGAUUAAAGAAAACCAAUGAGAUUCUCAAAGGCAUUAAGCUAUUAAAGCUUUAUGCCUGGGAGCACAUAUUUUGUAAAAGUGUGGAAGAAACGAGAAUGAAAGAGCUCACCAGUCUCAAAACCUUUGCACUUCAUACAUCUCUUUCCAUUUUUAUGAAUGCAGCCAUACCAAUAGCAGCUGUUCUUGCAACCUUUGUGACUUAUGCAUACACCAGUGACAAGCCACUGCAGCCCGCCCAGGCAUUUGCAUCCCUGUCACUGUUCCACAUCCUGGUCACUCCUCUGUUCCUGCUCUCCACCGUGGUUCGUUUUGCAGUCAAGGCCAUCGUGAGUGUACAGAAGCUGAAUGAGUUUCUCCUGAGUGACGAGAUUGGAGAUGACAGUUGGAGAGGGGGGGACAGCUCUGUACCUUAUGAAUCCUGUAAGAAGCACACAGGACUUCACACCAAGGCCAUCAACAGGAGGCAGCCCCUGAGGUAUCAGCUUGAGAGCUACGAGCAGCCAGCCAGGAAGCAGACACGGCCUGUGGAGAUUGAUGAUGUGGCCAUUAAGGUGACCAAUGGAUACUUUUCAUGGGGAAGUGGUUUAGCUACACUGUCCAACAUAAACAUUAGAAUUCCAACAGGUCAGAUGACAAUGAUUGUGGGCCAAGUUGGCUGUGGCAAGUCUUCACUUCUCCUUGCUAUAUUGGGAGAGAUGCAGACCCUGGAGGGAAAAGUUCACUGGAGCAAUGUAAAUGAAACAGAACCUUCUUUUGAAGCAUCCAGAAGUAGGAACAGGUACUCCGUGGCUUACGCAGCUCAGAAGCCGUGGCUGCUCAAUGCCACCGUGGAGGAGAACAUCAUCUUUGGCAGCCCCUUUAAUAAGCAGAGGUACAAGGCUGUUACAGAUGCCUGUUCUCUGCAGCCUGAUAUUGACUUACUGCCAUUUGGUGACCAGACAGAAAUUGGAGAAAGGGGGAUUAAUUUAAGUGGAGGCCAACGACAGAGAAUCUGUGUAGCUCGAGCACUCUACCAGAACACCAACAUUGUCUUCUUGGAUGACCCAUUCUCUGCACUGGACAUUCACUUAAGUGAUCACUUAAUGCAGGAAGGGAUUUUGAAGUUUCUGCAAGAAGACAAGAGGACUCUUGUUCUGGUGACACAUAAAUUACAAUAUCUGCCACAUGCUGACUGGAUCAUAGCAAUGAAGGAUGGAAUGGUGCUUAGAGAAGGGACACUAAAGGAUAUCCAAAACAAGGAUGUUGAGCUAUAUGAACAUUGGAAAACUCUGAUGAAUCGCCAAGAUCAAGAGUUGGAAAAGGAUAUGGAAGCUGACCAGACAACUCUUGAGAGAAAAACCCUUAGAAGAGCCAUGUACCCCAGAGAAUCCAAGUCACAACUGGAAGAUGAAGAUGAAGAGGAGGAAGAAGAAGAAGAUGAAGAUGAUAACAUGUCAACUGUCUUGAGGCUCAGGACAAAGAUGCCAUGGAAAACCUGUUGGAGAUAUUUAACCUCUGGAGGAUUUUUCUUGCUCUUUCUGAUGAUUUUCUCCAAGCUGUUGAAACACUCAGUUAUUGUAGCCAUAGAUUACUGGCUUGCUACAUGGACAUCCAUGGACAAUGCAAAUGAAGGCAGGAAUGCUGAUGAGGAUAAGAGCAAAGAGAAGACUUAUCAUGUAGCUGUCUUCAGCAUCCUCUCUGGAGCUGGGAUUGUCCUUUGCCUCAUCACAUCCCUGACUGUGGAGUGGAUGGGCCUCACAGCAGCCAAGAACCUGCAUCACAAUCUCCUCAACAAGAUCAUCCUUGGACCAAUCAGGUUCUUCGACAUGACUCCGCUGGGGCUAAUUCUGAAUCGCUUCUCUGCUGAUACAAAUAUCAUUGAUCAGCACAUCCCUCCCACACUGGAGUCUCUGACCAGAUCCACCUUGCUGUGCCUGUCAGCCAUUGGGAUGAUCUCCUAUGCCACUCCAUGGUUCCUUGUGGCCCUUGUGCCCCUGGGCAUAGCAUUUUAUUUCAUCCAGAAAUACUUCAGGGUUGCCUCCAAGGACCUCCAAGAACUUGAUGACAGCACCCAGCUCCCUCUGCUGUGUCACUUCUCUGAGACAGCUGAAGGCCUUACCACCAUCAGAGCAUUUGGGCACGAAGCCAGAUUUAAACAACGUAUGCUGGAGCUGACGGACACGAACAACAUUGCCUACUUAUUUCUGUCAGCUGCCAACAGAUGGCUGGAGGUCAGGACGGAUUAUCUGGGUGCUUGUAUUGUCCUGACUGCUGCUGUCACUUCCAUCACUGAAGGGCCACACUCGGGGUUUGUGGGGCUGGGUCUCCUGUAUGCUCUGACGAUAACCAACUACCUGAACUGGGUAGUGAGGAAUCUGGCUGAUCUGGAGGUACAGAUGGGUGCAGUAAAAAAAGUACACAGCUUCCUGAACAUGGAAUCAGAGAACUACGAAGGCUACCUGGAUCCCUCUCAAGUCCCCAAAGACUGGCCCCAGGAGGGGGAAAUCAAGAUUGAAAAUUUGUGUGUUCGCUAUGAAAACAACCUGAAGCCUGUUCUGAAGCAUGUGAAGGCCUAUAUCAAACCAGGACAAAAGGUUGGGAUCUGUGGUCGCACUGGUAGUGGCAAGUCCUCCCUGUCCCUGGCGUUCUUCAGAAUGGUGGACAUUUUUGAUGGGAGGAUAGUGAUUGAUGGGAUAGACAUCAGCAAAUUGCCUCUGCACACGCUCCGGUCCCGGCUCUCCAUCAUUCUGCAGGACCCAAUCCUGUUCAGUGGCUCCAUCCGCUUUAAUUUGGAUCCUGAAUGCAAGUGCACCGAUGACAGACUCUGGGAAGCUCUGGAGAUUGCUCAGUUGAAGAACAUGGUCAAGUCAUUGCCAGGAGGCCUUGAUGCCAUGGUCACAGAAGGAGGGGAAAACUUCAGUGUGGGGCAAAGGCAGCUCUUCUGUCUGGCCCGAGCCUUUGUCCGCAAGAGCAGCAUCCUCAUCAUGGAUGAAGCCACAGCAUCUAUUGACAUGGCCACAGAAAACAUCUUGCAGAAGGUUGUGAUGACUGCCUUUGCCGACCGCACUGUUGUUACAAUAGCGCACCGGGUUCACACCAUCCUCACUGCAGACCUGGUCAUCGUCAUGAAGCGAGGGAACAUUCUGGAAUACGAUACUCCUGAGAACCUGCUUUCCCAGGAAGAUGGCAUCUUCGCUUCCUUUGUCCGGGCUGACAUGUGAACAGCUACACAAUGCAUUUUAACAGCUUAUUUUUAAACAGACAAAAUGCAAAUAUUUUCUACUCAGUGUAACAUCACUUUUACCUUUUUUGUCUUGUUUUGUAUUUUAGAGCUUAUUUCUUCACACUUCCGUCUUUCAAAAUAAUAAAGCCUAUUGCAAUAUAUAUAUGCCUUGAAGCAAUAAAAAUGUCACUUUAUUCAAAGCUAUUAAACUUCACACACAUGCACACACACACACGCAUACACGGAGGGAGAAGUUUUUACUUCCCGAGAAUUUGGCAUUUUCCUUAGACUAUUUAUUGACUUAAUUUUUGUUUAAAGAGAGAAAAAGAAUGCACUGAUCUUAUAAACUGCAUAUGUUAUGCUGGAACCAGCAAUCAAAUCGUGCAGUUUGUCAAGGAAGCAAGAGGUUCCCCAGAUGCAUUCUGUCCCCAGAGGGAAAAAUUAGGAAAAACAUCCAAGCCCAUAACACUUGGGGCAAUCUGCUGCAUUCCAAAGGCAUAAACUUUGCUCUCCAAGUUGUAGCAGAGGGGCAGCGAAUAAGGGAAAGGAAUUUCAUCAGGAAUAAGGACAUUCUUCCUGUCCUUCACUUUAGUAAGCACACUUCUGUCAUGACAGAACUAUUUUCAGAGCAACGAUGGUUUGUUCAUACAGUCAGUUCCUAAAUCCAUAUUCAUUCUUCCAACUUUCACUAAAGAUUCAAAUCAUCCUAUGAUUAUGCAUGCUUUGAUAGGCUUAUAGAGGAAUUUUGUACAGUACCUCAAGACUUUGUAUUAAAAUUGAUCUGAAUUUAUAAACUUGAUAUUAGCCAAUCCUUUAAUCAUGUCUACUAAAAUAUUCUGCUUAAAAUGGCAUGUAAUUAGCCAACCACUAAUUGUUUUAUAUGUCUUUAGUCCUUCAAGUUCUAUUUGGGGACAACUUUUAUUUUCCUUUAUAUAUUUGUGGCCUACCUCUAAAUCAGAUCUAGUGCAAGGAGGUGUGAUUUUCAAAUUAUUGCUAUAUCCUCAAGAAUGUAGAUGAAGUUAGACACAUAUUUACAUCAGGCAGCUUGGCAAAGGUUGUCUGCACCUGACUCACACACAGUUUGAUCCUGACCCUUGGGCAGUAAACACCCAGAAGAAGUUUCACAGGCAUAUUUUCAAAGGUACAGCUUGAGAGAUCAGCUUCACUGGUAAUAUUCAAGGUGAUUCUUAUUCACCUGCUGCUACAACAUUUAGGAAGAACACUAAGUGCACUUAAGCGUAUUUAUAGUGCAUUAAAAUAACAAAAGGUGCAGCAUUUCUGUCCCUCCCCCCGCCAAAAAAAAAAAGCCCAACAAUUUUGGAGAAGUUGUAGGACUUGAAACUGGCUUCCAUUUAGUCUCACAGUGCAAAAAAUUAUAUAGUGGUUUAUCUUUUUAAAUUAAUUUUUGGAAGUUUUUAUUUUCUCUGAAUUAUUGAAAAUAUACCUGUGUGAUACAACGAAACAAAAGAGCUCAGUCUUGAACAUUUUAUGAGGGGAAGUACUUCUGUGAUUUCCCUGUCUACCGCUGUGAAAGCGUUUUUGUUCUUUUCUGGAUUAAUUCCCCGUGCUGACCUUUGUCAUUCAAAUAAAAUACAUUUUUAUAAACAGA